CCGAGUCCCCGCCACUCUCCCUCUCUGCACCCGCCCUCUUAGUUCUUCCUGUUUUUACUCCUCCUUUUCAUUCAUAACAAAGCUACCGCGCCGGGAGCCAGGCACCAGGCUGUUUCUGAAGCCAAGCGCGGAAGAAUGGGGUUCCUUUGGACCGGCACUUGGAUUCUGGUGUUGGUGCUCCACAGCAGCCCAGUUCAAGCUUUCCCCAAACCGGGAGGCAGCCAAGACAAACCCCUACAUAAUAGGGAAUUAAGUGCAGAAAGACCUUUGAAUGAACAGAUUGCUGAAGCAGAAGCAGAGAAGAUUAAAAAAACAUACCCUCCAGAAAAUAAGUCAGGUGAAAGCAAUUAUUCCUUUGUUGAUAACUUGAACCUGCUAAAGGCAAUAACAGAAAAGGAAAAAAUUGAGAAAGAAAGACAAUCCAUAAGGUCUCCAUAUGAUAAUAAGUUGAAUGUGGAAGAUGUUGAUUCAACCAAAAAUCGAAAACUGAAUGAUGAUUAUGAUUCUACUAAGAGUGGACCGGAUCAUAAAUUCCAAGAUGAUCCAGAUGGCCUUCAUCAACUAGACGGAACUCCGUUAACUGCUGAAGACAUUGUCCAGAAAAUUGCUACCAGGAUUUAUGAGGAAAAUGACAGAGGAGUGUUUGAUAAGAUCGUUUCUAAACUGCUGAAUCUUGGCCUAAUCACUGAGAGCCAGGCACACACACUGGAAGAUGAAGUAGCAGAGGUUUUACAAAAAUUGAUCUCCAAGGAAGCCAACAAUUAUGAGGAGGAACCCAGUAAACCUGAAGGCAAGACUGAAAGUCAGGCUGGAAAAAUACCAGAGAAAGUGAUGCCAGUGGCAGCAAUUCAAGAUGGUUUUCCUCAUGGACAAAACGAUGAAACAGUAUCUAACACUUUAACCUUGACGAAUGGCUUGGAACGGAGAACUAAAGCCUACAGUGAUGAGAAUUUUGAGGAACUCCAAUACUUCCCAAAUUUCUAUGCACUACUGACAAGUAUCGAUUCAGAAAAGGAGGCAAAAGAAAAAGAAACACUGAUUACUAUCAUGAAAACGCUUAUUGACUUUGUGAAGAUGAUGGUAAAAUAUGGCACAAUAUCUCCAGAAGAAGGUGUUUCCUACCUUGAAAACUUGGAUGAAACAAUUGCUCUUCAGACUAAGAAUAAGCUAGAAAAAAAUGUUACUGACAAUAAAAGCAAGCUUUUCCCAGCACCGUCUGAGAAGAGUCAUGAAGAAACAGAUAGUACCAAGGAAGAAGCAGCUAAGAUGGAAAAGGAGUAUGGAACCCUGAAGGAUUCCACAAAAGAUGAUAACCCAGGAGGAAGGACAGAUGUGCCAAAAGGGAAAACAGAAGCCUAUUUGGAAGCCAUCAGAAAAAAUAUAGAAUGGUUGAAGAAACACAACAAAAAAGGAAAUAAAGAAGAUUAUGACCUUUCAAAGAUGAGGGACUUCAUCAACCAACAAGCUGAUGCUUAUGUGGAGAAAGGCAUCCUUGAUAAAGAAGAAGCCAAUGCCAUCAAGCGUAUUUACAGCAGCCUGUAAAAACAGAGGGCGAUCCAGGCGUCUUUAGACUGUUUCAGAAAACCUAAUAUAGCUUAAAGUAAAACA